CGGAAACCAAGAAUAAAGUCAUCAUCAAUUCAUUUCCUGUUGACGACAUCACAAAAGAAGACCACGAGAGAACGACGACCGUGGAUAAUUUCUCUCGCGGCCUCCAAUCGUCGGAAAGCAAGUUGAUGAGCUGUAAAGCGGAUAAACAAACGGAUAAGGAAAUGGAUAAGGAAAUGGAUAAGGAAAUGGAUAAGCUGGAAAUGGAUAAACUGGAAGUGGAUAUGGAUAUGGAUAUGGAGAAGAAGGUAGAGCAAGGCGGGACCGGCACACUCAGACGCAGGCUGCUGAAUCGUCAGAGAGGGUGGAAGAAAGACGGAGCGAAUGAGUCGGAAGAAGAUGACCACAUGCACGACCGUGAGGAAAAUGGCGAUCGUCAUAACAAAGAGAUCGGGAUCGGGACACGAGGGGCAGAGAAGCGAAUGACGAUGGACGAGCAAUCGGGCUUAGGCUGCGUACUAGCUGAACCUGGUCGCGAUACCGUCUAUCAUGGGACAGUAUCGGGGGCGGUUCCAGUGGUGGACGAUCAGAUCGCUUUGGCUGGAGACAAUGGAGUGCACUGCGCGCCGAUGUCUACGCUUGCAUUACCUACCGGUGGCUUUGGUGGUCCCCCCCACCGGAACGUUUGUGAAGACUACGACGUCGUGCCUGCCAGAUCAUCCAAUCCACAUACCACAGGUCAGGCAAUCAACAAUGUCAACGGGGCCUAUCAGCCAAUCACGCACAAGAGGAAGAUUGCGAGUGACGUGGGGUUGGCGGAAGCGGCAGCUCGGCAGACUCAGCACACUGCUGAUCAGCCACCGGCCGUCGGUUGGGAUGAAGAGGAUCGGUCGUCGACCGAGUGGACACGGUCGCCCGACUGCACUACCAGUAGUUGGGCUACUGCUUCUGCUACUGCCACUGCUACUGCUGCCACCGCUCCGAUCUCCGGCCACGUGGCGUUCUAUGCAACGUCGACUGCAGCAGUUCCUGCCGUCCCGACACCUGCUGUCCCGACUUCUGCAGCUGUUGAUUGCCCAGUCGAGUGGACGGCAAAGGACUCUUCGGAGCAGCAAGAGGAGGAAGAGGAGAGGGAGAAGGAGCACAAGGAGGAGGAGGAGGAGAAGGAGGAGAGCUGGAUGAGGUUGAGCCUUCCGUUGCACUGUGAGAGACACACGGACGAAUUUCUCCGUCUCCACAGCUGCUCACGCAGAACUGCAGGUCAAGCUCCGAGUCUGCUGGAGUUAAAUGGGAGAUUACCGUCUGAAGCUGCCAGUCAGUGUCUCUUGGCCGGUCACACAGCCAUCGAUCCACUCCGGCUAUCGCUAUUACGCUCUCCGACAUUGACGUACUAUGAAAGCAGAGGAACAGUGGCGACGUCAGAAAGCUGCAGAGGGACGAUGGCUAAGGCGGGAAGCCUUCACGAGACGGGUGAAACCAGGGAGAAGAACCACACGGAGGAGGAGGAGGAGGAGGAGGAGGAGGGCAAGAAGAUCAAGGAGGAAUCGUGGGAAAUGCCUGUGCCGGCGUGUUGGCUAUCUCUGGGUGUAAGUGCAGCUGCUGCCGAGGACACGGAUGACGUCAACAAGAAGUCGAAGCGGAGGAAAGUAGUGGCCGUUGAGGGGGGAAGCCACCGAGCUCCCUCGAGACCCCCUGAUGGUUGUAAGGGCGACUGGCCAGUUGGGCUUGUGAACGGAUCGCUAAACGGAACACAACGGAUUCCGUUAGCGCCAUGCAUGGCGGAGUCCGUUAGUAUCUCUUGUUCUCCUCCUCCUGCCUCGUCGUCCAUGUCUUCGUUGAUUGGAGGAGGAGGAGGAGGAGGAGGAGGAAGAGGACAAAAGAUUGCCGGCGUUGAUUGCACGACAACGGAGGAUGGCUAUGGCAUACCGAGCAACAGGAUAUGGUGGGCACAGCUGUGGCCAGGGAGCACGUCGUUAUCUGCGGCUCCUUGCCCUCCAAUUGCCAGUCCGUUUGGAGCAGAGCCAGGAGAAGGGGAUAGGGAGGGGAGUGAGAGGGAGGAGGAGAAGGUGGCGGUGCUGAUGUCCGGUACGCCGGGUACGGAUCAUCAAGUGGGAGAUGGGGGACAUGACAACUUGACGUUGAAUCCUCGUGGGUGGUGGUCCCCACAUCAUGCGUACGAUUCGGUACAUUCCCCUGCAUCUUCCGGGAAUGCCGCCCUCCUGCCUCAUCGUCCUUGUCCUCCAACGCAGGUCCCGUCGAGGACUCCGACGGGCCAGCUUGUCCCGAUGGGAGGGAGAGAAUGGGAGAGGGAGGUAGUUCCCAGAAUGGACGGAGAUCGACGGUACUGUGGAACCAUCAGCACCACCUCGGCCCUCUGCGAGCUUCAUCUCUCUGCACCGUUGACUACCAUCUCUCCCCCUCUUGUGACGUCAAUCUACAAUGCAGUAGGACCACCUCCUCCUCCUUCUCCUCCUCCCUUCUCCUCCUCCUGCAGCGGUCCCUCCUCUUUCUAUCGCUUUCCCGGAAGCAGCCAUGCCCCUACGCCCCAGCCGCAAGAGGGAAGACGGCAACAGCUGCCACGAUGCCAGCACCACCAUACCUCCCACUCUUCCCCCCAUUAUCCUUUCUGCUCAUCCGCCUCCCUACAUUGCUUCCCUGAGAAUCCCCCGCCCGAGGAUGGCCACGGCUAUGGCUACGGCUAUGGCUACGGCUAUGGCCAUGGCUAUGGCUGUGGCUAUGGCCAUGGCUAUGGCUCUGGCCAUGGCGGCAACAACUCCAUCCACGGUGAGCAUCUAUGGAGGAAGAAGACGAAGAAGAAGACGCAGCUGAGUCAUCAGGUGGUCAAGCCUGUGCCGAGGAUUGCCCAGAGACUGUCGUCGGGAUCGACCCUUGACCGGUCGGAGAGAGUCCCGGUCCCGAUGGCUCCUCCUGUCUGGUCCACAGUCGGGACCAAGAUGACUUUACCGGGUCAACGGUCAACGUAUGGCCCAUCUUCGUCGGCGGCCCAUCACCACCAACGCACCACCACGUGCCUCCUCCAUUCCUCCUCCUCCUCCUCCUCCUCCUCCUCCUCCCCCUCCCCCUCCCCCUCUUCACUGCAUGACGGUGCCACGUGGCAGCAGCUUGUGCGGUCGCUUUCUCCGGUCGCGACGAGCGAAGAUGUCGACAACAAUGCCACUGCCACCCGUCCUGCGGACCUGGUGUUGUCGUCAACAACUGGAUCAUAUCGACAUGCACGACCUCCGCCGUUUGCCUCCGUUAGGCAAAACGGACAGCAGAGGCAGUCUGUCCACGUGGAAGGAGCAGAACAACGGCAGUCCCCGCUCUUGACUCUGACGUUGAGCACUGACGGGUCAGCGGCAGCUGCCAGCACAGAGGUAGCAGCAGCACUACAGCCCCCGGGCCGUCGAUUGCCUCUGGCGCAGAGACAUGACACGUCAGCAGCAGCCGUAGGAGUAGUAGAUGUGACAGAUACCGACAAUACACACGUGGCAGCGCUGCAGUCCCACGUCGUGAAUGCACCGGCAAGCACUGAUCAGUCAGCAGCAGCCGCAGCUGCAGGGGAAGUUGGCACAGCCGCAGGAGGGAACGAGAGCGCUCCCCAGACUAUCUCCAGAGGAGGAGACACGUGGCCAUCCCUGAGCGAUCCUCAUCGGUCAGAUCAACAGAUCGCGACCGGGAGUGCAGAGCGUGCAUCGGCAGUCGUGCCUAUGAAUCUGUACCGCUGGAUGCAAGUUGAACCCACGUGGCGGCUUCUGAGCGCACACGAUUCGAUCAGCUGUACUGCAACUAAGAUUGCCCAGCCCUUGUCGUCCCCAAUAAUUGCGUCAGGCACUGCCAUCCCGACCCAUCCACCUUGUCACCAUUUGCUUGAUCAAGCGAUGGCAGCCUCUUUUAUCUCCUCCCCUCCACCACCUCCUCCUCCUCCUCCUUCUGCUGUUGCUGCUGCUGCUAUCGGUAUCUCAACCCAUCGAUCUGCUGCUACUGCUGCACCUGUAGCUACUGGGAUCCCAACCCAUCAACCGUGUCACCAUGGGCUUGACCAAGCAAUGGCCGCCUCCUCUAUCUCCUCUCCUCUACCUCCUGCUACUCCUAUUCUUCCUCCUCCUCGCCCUCCUCAUGCUGCUGCUCCUUCUGCUCCUUCUGCUCCUCCCAUCCAUCUUCCGUCUCUGCAUUCCCUUCUUAUUCCACAGAAUAUAGUGACACACACUCCAUUGCCUUCGCUGAAUGGCAAGCGAGCGACUACCAAUCUGAUGAUCGACGACGGUAAAAGACCAUGCCCGUCCUUAUGUCAUUGCGUGCUCGAUGGGGAGGAGAAGGAGGUGCCAGAUCUCUCCAGCGGCAUGUCAUCUGGCCAGCUAUCGUCUUCGCCGUCUCUCUGUGGACCGACCGCGACUCGUAGUCCGCCGCCUCCUUUCUGGCGCGCAGCAACAACCACCCACUUCUCCCAGCUCUCUCCCGGCCUUCCAUUCAAUCAGAUCUUGCAGGCAAUGCUGGACAUCAACGGUCAGCAGGGACCGGCAGCAGCAGCUGGCGGCUUGUCCUCCCCUCCAACUCCCACCCAAAUCGCUAUCGAAGGUCGUUCUCCAUCUCUCACCACAGCUAAACCCGCGAUAAACCCUUUCAGAGACAGUGUGAACACGGCUAUCCUCUCAGCGACACCCCCGGUUAUUAACCCAUUAAAUCCCCCCAUUGCUAACCCAAUUAGCCCCCUUUUUAACGCAUUAAACCCGGGUUUUAGCCCAGGUAACCUCGGUCGUCCGCUCGUUACGGCGGUCGCUCACCCCUUGACAACCGCGUUGAGCACUGUUCACCUGGUCCCUCCCUCCUCGGCGACCGCUGCUGCGACUCCUCUCACCCACUCAACUCCUCCUACCGGUAGUAGUCCCAUUAUUAACCCAAUCACCGGCUCUGUAAUCAGCAACGCUAAGUUAAUCGCAAGUUGGAACGCAGCGGUAAACUCACUGGGCGACAUUAUGACGGCGGCGAUGUCGUACAGCUUUCCGGCUACUCCUACCGAUAGCUGCGCGCCCGGCGUCGUGAUCGCAGAGUCUUCUGCCCCCGAAGAUUCGCAGAAUCUUCGGCCGCCGAUCGGUGCCAAUCAACGGUGUACAGCGAAGGUGUGCACACGGAUGGCCCCCCUGCACUUCUCAUCUUCUGCCACGUCAGCAGGGUCGUCAUUGUUCGUGCCGAGGCGCCGGCUGCGCGACUCUUCUGGUGAUGGCGAUCGCGUGUCCGACCGCAGCGAUGGCCACGUGUCACCUGCUCAGCCGUCCACCGCAAUCGAUCGCGACACGAUCGACAGGUCGGAGAUCGGAAUCGGGAUGAUGAUGACGGCCAGAGAGGACACCGAGAUCAGCCCUUCCCACCCAGCAGCCGAAUGCCCGGCUAUGGUGGCAGCAGAUGGCGUUCUCCGCUCUCUGCUUCACAAUCCUGCGGAUCCCCGCCGUCGGAUCCCCAACGCAGCGCAGCCUCAUCGUGAUUGUACACCAGCUAUCUCUCCGGUUAGGUCCGGUCAUGAUGAGGGUGCGUUGUAUUUGGGGGAAGACGGUAGACACCGCCUCGGGCGCAGCAUCUAUCGACAGGAAUGGGCCAUCAACAAGGAGAUCAACGUCCCUCUGGCCUCCUCCAUAGCUAUGGUGGCUGCUCCGACUGCGCCGCGGGCGGCGUCGGCGGCCAUGGCGGCUGCGCAGACGGCGUUCCCUCCCCCUCCCCCACCCGCGGCUAUGGCGGAGGCUGUCGCGACGCCGGCGGAGAGGAUGACGGUGGUGGUCCAGCACUCUGCUGACGUGGAAGCCGCAGCAACGGCUACAUUGGAUCGAGCGCCAUCGCGAUCCCUAUUCUUCUCCGCACCGUCUGGGGGUCCCGGUGACCUGUCGGCCGCCGCCUGCUGCGGCGGCGGCAAUGAUUCCCGUCGUCUCGCGCACUUGUUAGCAGUGCGCGCCGAGCCCGACGGCCAAUUAACGACAGGCGGCGGUGGAGAUUGCCCCCGUUACGUGCUCGCCGGUCAGCGAAGCAGCUCAUUGGAUUGCGCCUUGGCCGAUGUUCUGGCGGGAACUGCCGGCCGUCUUCCGCUGGGCUGUCGAUCCCGGCUUCCACUGCAGUUGCACCUCCAGCAUGCUCAUGGCUGCAACGCCUCCUCACUCUCUCUCUCUCUUCCCCGUCUCUAUCAAUCCUUGCAGGAUAUGAAAGAGGGUGCGACGUGGCAGUCACUGCAUGCCGAUCGUAAAGAUGAAUCUUCUGAGAGGUUUCCACUUAGUAGCACAGCGCAAAACGUCUGCAGCUGCAACACUUGCAAGGCCAAUCAGGAAGGACGGGGACCUAAUCAAGAAGGAGGAGGGGUGGGAUUCAUAGCAGAACCUCUUCGGGGGUCUCCUUACCCCCUUGAUUACCCCCCCAUUGAUCUUCGACACCCCGCAGGCGACCAGACACAGAGGCUGCCACCACGUGUCAUCACCAGAACGCAAGCCUGUUGUCCCGAGGAGGGUAGCUGUCAGCAUAUCAGCAGCCGUAAGCGUAAUAACAGACGCAGCAGCAGUAGUAGCAGUGCUGGCACGAAUGGUAGUACCAAAGCCGACGACGGUUCAAUUCUCCGUGAUAUCACGAAGCAAGUGAUUGAUGGCGAGGGUCUCGUGUGUCUUUCUACAUCCUCCUCCUCCUCCUCCUCCUCCACCUCCUCCUCCUCCACCUCGUCGUCUUUCUCCCUACCUUUCCAUGCUUCAGCGAUGUUCAACGACAAUGCAUCGUCGUUAUCACUCGCGUUGGCAGCCGCUGCAGGACCAUCGACCUCUUCCCCCAUUCCCCACUCCUCCUCCUCCUCUUCCUCUCUCUCCCAAUCUCUCCAUGCCCCAUUACUAUGGAGUAACACGCUCUCAGCUUCGGCCCGACCGGUAGUCGAUCUUCGUUGGGCAGGAUCCGCACCUGGACAGACUGGUGGACCAGGUGCUGAAACGCAAUCUCCAUGGAGUUGGCCGGCACUCGUAAGCUGCCCAGCAGGAAAUAGGAGUGCCGUCGCCUCGCAUCUGAAGAGGGAAGAGGACCAGUACUUGGUCCGACAGGUGGACCAGGUGGUGAACCAGGUGCAGCAGCAGCAGCAGAGCCGCCAUCUGCCCCGGACAACGCUCUCACCCGGAGAUUUACAUGUUCUGAAAGCCAAGCGCGAGGAGGAGGAGGACGACGAGAGGAACGAUCAAGGGAAUGGGCAAGAGGAGGAGGAGGAGGAGGAGGAGGACAGGGAGAAGGAGGAGGAGCAGAAGAGUGGACAUCUCUUGACCCAGGACGGCAGCCAUAGCCAAGCAGCUGCCCCUGUGCUGCCUGAUCUGCAGGCCAUUACGAUCACCAGCCACACCAGCAACGGGCAGGAGAAGAAUGGAAAUGGUCAAGAGGAAGAGGAGGACAGGAAGGAGGAGGAGGAGGAGCGGAAGAGUGGACAUCUUCUGGGCCGGGACGGUGGCCACAGCCAAGCAACUGCUCCUUUGCUGCCUGAUCUGCAGGCCAUUACUACCACCGGCCAGAGCGGCCACGGGCAGGAGAAUGAUGGAAAUGGGCAAGAGGAAGAGGAGGGCAGAGAGGAGGAGGAGGAGGAGGAGCAGAAGAGUGCACUCAGUGGGCAUCUCCUGGCCCAGGACGUCGGCCAUAGCCAAGCAACUGCCCCUGUGAUGCCUGACCUGCAGCCCAUUACGAUCACCGGCCAGAGCGGCGACGGACAGGAUAAGACCGAGGGGGCAAAGCACCAGCAGUUGCUAGUACACUGUCGGCUUGGCCACCAUAGCCAGAUAGCUGUGUGCAUGCCGGCUUCUUCUCAAAUACGCUUUCAAUCGUUCGACAAUGACAACGGCGGGAACGAGAAGGCAGUGAAGAAGGAAAAGGAUCCUCUGUUAGUACAUCACCACAGCCAUCACCAUAGCCAUCACCAUAGCCAUCACCAUAGCCAUCACAGUAGCUAUCUCCAUGGCUAUGGCUGUGGCGAUCCAAGAGCACCUACCACCUUGAGGUCGGAUUUACUACAAGCUCUUCGUGCACAAUGCACUGAGAAGCAGAAGCAGAAGCAGAAGGAGAAGAAGAAUGAACCAAUGUUGCAGGAGGAGGAGAAGGACAUGGACAAGGAGAAGGAGGAUGGGGAGGAGGAGGAGGAGGAGGAGGAGCAGAAGAAGAAGAAGAAGAACCUGUUGGGUCUUCUUGUGCAUAAGUACAACGGACAGACAAUUGUACCAAAGCGGGCAGCUCAAGGAGAGGAGGACAAAGAAGGGGAGAUGGAAGAGGAGGACGAAAAAGAAAAGCAGCAGAAGGAGGAGGGAGUGGAAAGGACAGCGGUACAGAGUGCUGCUGAUAAACGUCUAUGUGGUGUCAUAUUGCCUGUUGGGAGGGAUAUGACGAAAAGCGGACCAAGUGCCACGAAUCCAAGAGCAUUUAAGCUGCUGCCAGUAUUCUAUGACCAAAGGCACCUUUUUGUUCGAGGAGAGGUAAAGCCCAAGCUGGACCUGGAACCGGACCUGGAACCGGAGCUGGAACCGGAGCAGAGGCUGCCUUCAGGGAAUGGGCAAAAAGCAGAAAAGGGGGUACCCAAGGCUCGAACCGGAACUGGAACUGGGGCUGGAACCGGAGCUGGAACCGGAGCUGGAACCGGAGCUGGAACCGGAGCUGGAACCGGAACCACAACUGGAGCUGGAGCACCUGGAAUGAGAGCCGGAAUUGGAACUGGAGCUGCAACCGGAGCUAGAAUUGGGCCUGAGGCCGGAGCUGGAACUGGUACUGGAACUGGAACACCAACCGGAGCUAGAACCGGACCUGAGAGCGGAGCUGGAACCAGAUCUGGAACCGAAGCUGGAACCGGAGCUGGAACCGGAGCUGGAACUGGCGCUGGAACCGGACCUGACACCGGAGCCGGAACCGGAGCUGGAACCAGAGCUGAGACCGGAGCUGGGACAGGAGAUGGAACAAAGACUGCAGCAGGAACCAGAACAGGAGCUGCAAUUGGAGCUGGAACAGGGGCGGGCAUCGGGACCGAAAGCGCACCUGGCCCAAGAAGUGGACCUGGAACAAAUUCCGGAACCGGAGCCGGAACCGCAGGUGCAGUCAGCACUGCAACCGAGGCCGGACCAGGAACUGAAAAUGGACCUGGAAUGAGCAUCGGAACCGGAACCGGAACCAGAACGAGAACCGGAACUGGAGCAAGAACCGGACCAGCGCCUGGAACUCAGGUAACCGGUAGAGUACCCAGCACUCGGCUGGCUCAGAGCAACCAGCAGCAGCAGCCGGAAGAAACAAUCAACACGGGAGGAGGUGGUCCCGCAUCUGAGCCCGUGGUCCCAGUUGUGAAACCAGCUGGUACACGCCGUGGUCCCAGGUCAAGAAGCUCGGAGUACAGAGGAGUGACAUUCUACAGGCGAACUGGUAGAUGGGAGUCCCAUAUUUGGCAGUGAUAUCGGUCAAUCCAAUCCGUGGAUCAAUCAAUCAAUCAAUCAAACAAUCAAUCAAUCAAUGUAAUCCCAAUCG